CCGCAUUUUCAGCAGCGAGAAAGCUUUCCCAUCUUUCCCGGCAAAGCUGGCGCCGCGCACGCGAGCCAUGGCGAUGGCGGAAGCGGCCGAGGGACAGCGGCCGCGGCAGCGGCAGCGUCGGCAGCCGCAGCCGCAGCGGCAGCAGCAUCCAAGCUGCGGCAUCUGCAUGGAGCCCAUGCCGCCCUCCGAGGCGCACCGCGGCGGCGGCGGCGGCUGCGCGCACGCCUUCUGCCGCGCGUGCCUCGCGGGCCACGUCCGCGCCAAGGUCGAGUCCGGCGGCGGCGCGGGCGCCGUGCGUUGCCCCGACCCGUCGUGCGGCGGCGCGCUCGACCCGGAGCUGUGCCGCGGCGCGCUCCCGGGGGACGUGUUCGAGCGGUGGUGCGCGGCGCUCUGCGAGGCCAUGUUCGCCGGCGCGCGGCGGACGUACUGCCCGUACCCUGGCUGCUCCGAGAUGAUGGUCGCCGACGCCGACGACGAGGGGUGCGCGGGCGUGACGCAGUCGGAGUGCCAGGCGUGCAGGCGGCUGUUCUGCGCGCGGUGCGGCGUGCCGUGGCACGCCGGCGUGAGCUGCGCCGAGUUCGGGCGGCUCGGCGAGGGGGAGCGCGGGCGGGAGGACCUGCUGCUGGUGCAGGCCGCGCGGAACGGCGGGUGGAAGCGCUGCCCGCGCUGCAGGUUCUACGUCGAGAAGUCCCACGGCUGCCUCCACAUCACAUGCAGGUGCGGCUUUGAAUUCUGCUAUGGAUGUGGGAGACAGUGGCAGCUGAUACAUGACGGCUGCUCUGGGUAACGAUGCCCUGGUGGUGAUAAUACUCCUCGAUGAUAGUCAAGCAGAAGUCGAUUUAAUUACAAGCGAACAUGCACUGAUCUCUCGCUCGAAUGACAUAUGCCACUUAAUGUUUUUUUUUAAUGUUUGUUUCGUUGAUCUUUUCUGAUCACUUGGACUCAACAGUGAACACAGGUUUUCCUACUGCCUUUAUUUUUUAUGGGAAUUUCCGUGAUGAAUCCAUUUGUAUGGGAGUCUAGAAAUUUCCUUGGUGGAACAAUUGUGUCGAAGUCUUACUCUUCCUCUUAGAUGCACCAACUUUUGCCCAUUUUUUGGGAGUUGAUUAAACUGAUUCUUAUGAAGUAUGAACGUCAUGCAAAAUUCA